AUGGAAGGUAAGAAUUUAGAGCCAGAUAUUGUGAUUUACGCUAUUCUUAUUGAAGAAUUGUGCAUUGGUGGGAAAGUUGACUCUGCGAGGGAUCUCUUUCGAAAUUUAUCUUCAAGAGGUGUUCAACCUAAUACCAGGACGUAUAACAUAAUGAUUGGUGGAUUGUGCAACGGAGGGCUAACAAACGAAGCGGUAAAAUUACUUAAAGAAAUGGAAGAGAAAGGUUGUUCUCCAAAUGGUUGGACCUAUAACAUAAUCAUUCGAGGCUUUUUCAAUAACAAUGAGCCAUCAGAAGCGAUGGGACUUAUUCAACAAAUGGUGGGGAAGGGUUUUUCUGCAGAUGCGUCAACUACGGAAUUGAUAAUUGAUUUGUUGUCUACUGAUAAAGUAGAUCAUGCUUUGUUGCCAUUGAUAGACAGAUCGUAA